AUGGAGGUCACGAAUGUGAACUUCUCUGAACAUGCUAUCAAUAUCAUACAACAGAUCGCCGGCAGUCGCUUUAUUGCUUUCGAUCUCGAAUUCUCGGGCGUGGCGGGAAGGCGACCUGGUGGAGGCUCCGGGAAACUGUCUUUGCAAGAAUAUUACCAAGAACUGAGAUCCGCGGCUCAGAUAUAUCAGAUCCUGCAAGUUGGCUUGACGGUUGUGAGCGAGGACACUGACCAAGGAGAAUAUGUCGCGCGACCAUAUAACUUCGAUCUCAGUCCAUUGCCGGCGACGAAGGAGCAAGUCUUUCGGCGUGUAUGGUCAUACAAUAGUGGCGCCAUCUCGUUUCUAAUCAGAAAUGGCUUCAACAUUGACCGCCCAAUCACGCAAGGGGUUCAUUAUCUGUCACGGCAGGAGGAACAACAAGUGCGCCAGAAGUUAACCGAGGACGAUCAAGCCAGGUCGAAAAUCCCGGAUAUGAUUUUGAAAGAAGACGAUUCAGCCCUAGUAGAGCACAUCAGACAAUCCAUCAGCUAUUGGCAGGCCGCGCCCAAGGAAAAGCAGGACUCAUUCAUCAACAUCCCUGCGGAACGGCCUCCAGAGCCUGUACCACUGAUGCUGAAUCGAUACCAAGUCCGACUGACCCACCAGAUUGUGCGAAAUGAGUAUCCCAAGCUAAAGACACAGGGCAUGGGCCAUUUUGUCCAGGUCACAAAUCCCACGGCUGAGAAACAAGCAAACGAUAAGGAAAUGAUGGAACAACUGCGCGACCGUGAAGUCCUGGACGCCAUAGGAUUCCGGUGGAUCGUCGAAGCGAUCGUGGGUGGCGAUAUCCUAAAGAUGCCACACUUCUUUGUGAAGGAGGCUUUUCCGGAGCGAAAGACACCUGAUGAUAUCCAAGCAUUCCUGGAGAACCUCCAGUCAAAACUUCGGAGCCAAAAGCGGGCUGUCAUCGGCCACAACUGCUUCACGGACAUGGUAAACUUUUACCGAUGUUUCAUCGGCAAUCUACCAGACAGAGUGGAGGACUUCAGCGCAGAGAUCCAAGCCCUCUUUCCUAUCAUCAUGGACACGAAAUACAUUGCUGGGCUUGGAAACAAGCGAUGGGCAGAUACCUCCUUAAGAGCUGUCGAAAGUGACCUCUUCGCUGUCGAUGUACCUCGGAUGGUUUUGCCCCCGGACUUUGAUCGCUAUUUGAACUCUUCCACGUACCACGAGGCUGGCUUUGACAGCUACGUUACAGCAAAGAUUGGUCUCAAGAUACCCGGGAAACUGAAACGAGAAGGCAAAGACAUCAAAGCAUUAGUGGAAGCUUCCGCUCCUGCCCCAGCCGAAAAGCCCGCGCCUCCACCUGAGAAGACUCAGCACGAGACUGCAACCGUAGGCGUAGCGGAAGGGCAAGAUCAGAAGCCUGGCUUAACAAAAGCGAUAGUGGAAGCGAUCAAAGCACCUGUGACAGCCGUGAAGACUAUCUUGACGGGCGCCGAAAGCAGCAGUAUUGAAGCGGCGAAGGCUUCCGGAGCUGAAAAUCGUCUCCAAACUGCCGACCAGCGCGUACAGACUCCAGCUGGCACGAUCGACGCAUCCAGUGGAGGCCAAAAGAUGGUUCAGUUGCCAAGACUGGGGUUGAAGAAGCUGAAGUCGAUAUCACAGCAGUCUAACAUCUUCGACGUGCUUCAGGACGAUUCGUCUGAGGGCGAGGCCGAGGACGAGGUCAAGAAGGAGAUCGAGGAGCGACAACGGAUUGCUCAGAUGGUGAAGGAUGGCCGGUUGUUACCUCGAUGGGAGGAGGAUGCGGAGUUUUGGACACUGAUAAGCAACAAACUACAAGCCAAUGCUUGUCAAGAGGGUAUCUUGGAUUUAUCACGUCGCAGAUGA